AUGCCUCGCCCGGGGAGGAACACGUACAGCGACCAAAAGCCUCCCUACUCCUACAUCUCCCUUACGGCCAUGGCCAUCCAGAGCUGCCCGGAGAAGAUGCUGCCCCUCAGUGAGAUUUACAAGUUCAUCAUGGACCGCUUCCCGUACUACCGGGAGAACACGCAGCGGUGGCAGAACUCCCUGCGGCACAACCUCUCCUUCAACGACUGCUUCAUCAAAAUCCCCCGCAGACCGGACCAGCCCGGAAAGGGCAGUUUCUGGGCCCUGCACCCGAACUGCGGCGACAUGUUUGAGAACGGGAGUUUUCUGCGGCGCAGGAAGCGUUUUAAAGUAGGCAGCAUGCAGGCCACGGACCCGCUGGUGCCCAGCAAGCCGCAGGACGCAACGCGGGCCAAGCUGCUGCUCAGCGCGCUGCACGCAGCCGCGCAUCUCCCGCAGAUGCCGGCCGGAUACAACCUGACCUCUGUGUCUCAGCCGUCCGGCUUCAAACACCCGUUCGCCAUCGAGAACAUCAUCGCCAGGGAGUACAAGAUGCCGGGUGGGCUGGCGGCCUUCUCCACCACCGGGUACACGCUCCACAACCAGCUGGCCCCGGCCUGGCCGCACAUGUACGGCUCCGGGAUGAUGGACAGCGCUGCGCCCAUCUCCAUGGCCGCCAGCGACUACUCGGCCUAUGGCAUGCCACUCAAGUCCAUCUGUCACGGUGGACAGACUCUGCCUGCCAUCCCAGUGCCCAUCAAACCCACGCCCGCCUCGGUGCCGGGCCUUCACGGGCUUCCCACACACAUCCCAGCUUUCCUCGCGAACUCACCUCAGUCUCUGAGCCCCACCUCCCCGCAGACAGCCACCGGUCAAAGCAGUCCGGCCGCGCCCGGCGAGGCGCUGCCUUCCUCGGCCUCCGCGGCGCUGCAAUCCACCGUUGCGGUGCACUGACGGGAAUCUGACUUUAUUCUCUUUUUGUUAAAAAUAAAAUCUGUGAAGAAUGGAAAAUCACAGACUUGUUCAACUCCAAAGCAGUGUUUCAUCUCCAGGACCCAAAGUGAGAAACUGAGAAGGUGUGCGUCAUUUAAAUUUAGUUUCCUUUUUCCUGAACAGAUUGGUCCCUGACUUUUCCAUGUAAAGAAGCAGCAGCCUGACCUUUGACCUCUUGUGAACAACAAAGAUAGAUUUAUUAUCAAGAAAACAUGAAGUAUUUCACAUGAAUCCGUUUUAUUCCAAGAUUUAUAUCAGAAGCUAAAAUAAAACAUUUCGGUUUCACACUUCUCUCCAGGUUCCUUCACAGAGGACAUUAACGGUCGCGUCGUGACAGAUUACCCAGAGCUUUUGUGUUUGCAGCCUUUUCUUCUCAAACUGACAGAAAAGUCUCAGAUUAAUGACUUUUUAAACUGUUGUUUAAAUUCCCUGUGAGGCUUCGCUGCUGUUUCUUUUCUGCUCCGCAAACAAAAGUUACACACAAAAGGAAGUUCAUUUUGCACUUGCAGUGUUUUUCAUAAAAAACUAAAACAAAAUCCAAACAGAUAUUUGGCAAACCAAAUAACUACUCAACGUUUGUUCUUUUUGAAUUUUUUUUAAAUAAUGUGAACAAUUGCAGAGAUGAGAAGAGGAACUUAAAAUCAUAUAUUUAUGUCAGAGGUUCUGCACAUUUUAAAACACUGGAGAUGUCUGAGCACGAAUGCAAAGAUUUACUGUCUCUGAUGCACUUUUUAAAAAAAUAGAUGUUCUGAUUCAGUAGCCGGAGCCAUGUUGGUUUAAUUUAAAGUUCAGUUUUUGUUUAAGCUGUGGUGUUUAAAAUGGCCUGUCUGUGCAUUUGUACUGCUGCAUGCGCCAACUGUCUGAAAAACAAAACAUUUCCGUGUUUAUAUGUUUAGUUUUUGGGCUGAAAGCAUGAACAUUGGGCUUUUUAUGCCCUGCACUCUGUCUGCUGAUCCACAUCCAUUAAAAUACCUUCCUGGAAAAAAGCCGGCGAAGCAGUGAAGAGGCCCGUUUUUCCCCCUGCGCACACACGGGGAUAUCUACUGCAGUUUGAAUGUAUUGUGGUUUCUUUGUAGAUUCCCAUUUUACAUUCAACAGAAAAUAAAAAUGCUUC